AUGCCUUUCCUUGUGCAGGUUCAAAACGACGUGCCUACUAAAUCUCUUCCAAAUCCUCCACCCCUAGGCUAUCCUGUUCCCGCCCACCGCCAUGCAGUCUCUGUUCAGCUACCGACAUGGCAGGACAUGCGCGGGAUGGUCGCACAAGAACCGCGUGUUAGUCUUGUGCAGCAAAUCGGCUAUCCCAGGUCUUUUCUUAACCAAGAUGUCGUGAAGGUCAACAAUGCUUGUCUGGCUCUUCUCGGACAUGCGGAUGAGAAGUGCCUGAUAUUCCCAGCAUUGGAUCAUGCACUGGCCUGCCAGGCCACGAUAGCCGACUCGGCACCAGAAGCAGCAGAUCGCGUUCGGAUCCAGGCCGCAGACUUCCUCCUAUCUGAGCCCCCGGUGACAGUGGCAACAACUACCGUCUCAGAGACUCGCCAGAGCACUCACAACGCUCGGCGGCGCUUCUUUCUCGUCUUUUUCCCUUCGCAAGUCAAUGCCAGCGCCAUGGUCUUUUGGCGGCUCACUGGAACGGGCAUCUCAUCGCGCCUCGCCCAGAGCAUGCACGAGCAUCUUGAAAGCAUAGCUCCGGCGCCUGCAUAUGAGCUGUUCGGGAGCAAUUCGGACCUCCUCCGCGAGUUCGCAGAUGCGCAAGCCGACGAUAUGGUGCGCGCACGCAUUGUGAAGCUCCUCCAGCGCGCUUCCAUUGACCCUGCUCAAAGCGCCCGCUUUGCAUCAACAGAUGUCUUCCUCUAUCCGACCGGCAUGGCCGCCAUUUAUGAGGCCAACAAGUUGCUACAGAGCUGGCGAUCGACGCAGACAAUCGUAUUUGGGUUCCCUUACGAGCUCACAUUAAAGAUGAUACAGAAGUAUGGGCUGGCGUGCAGGUUCUACGGGUUCGGUACUCCAGCCGAAUUGGAUGAGUUCGAAGGAUAUCUCGCCAAUGAAUGGGAGCAGGGACGUAUGGUGCAAUCGGUGUGGUGCGAAUGCGCAUCAAAUCCGCUGCUGAGAACUGUCGAUCUGCAACGCAUUAGACACUUGGCCGAUACGUACGGCUUCGUGGUGGUCGUUGACGAGACGAUUGGCAGCUUUGCCAACGUCGACGUCGCAGGUAUUGCGGACGUCAUCGUUACAUCCCUCACCAAGAGCUUUAGCGGCAAUGCCAAUGUUAUGGCUGGAAGUAUCAUCCUAAAUCCCUCGUCGCCAUUCUACGCGUUGCUCAAGCAGUCUCUUGACAGCACGUACGUAAAUGAGCUCUUCGGCGCCGACUCACGCGUGCUCGAGUAUAAUAGCCGCAAGUUCCUUGCCCGCGCCGCCAUCAUGAACAGGAACGCGCAGCACCUUGUCUCGGUCCUAGGUUCCUUCGCCGGCACGUCGUCCAGCACGCUCACGCACAUCUAUUACCCAUCAACCUGCUGGUCGCGCGAGAACUACGAGGCGCGUAUGCGCACCGCCACAGCCGAGUUCGUCUCCGGGUAUGGCGGCCUGUUCACGCUUGAGUUCGAGAGUGUGGUGGCAGCGGCGACCUUCUUUGACGCACUGAACGUGCACAAAGGCCCGUCGCUGGGCGCGCAUGUGACGCUUGCGCAGCCAUACGUGCAAACGGUAUUCAUGCGGGAGAAGGAGUGGGCGGCGUCGUACGGGCUGAGCGAGUCUAUCGUGCGCAUUUCGGUGGGCUUAGAGGACGAGCAGGCGCUGGGCGACGAGUUCACGCGGGCGCUUCGUCUAGCGAACCGGUUCAAGGCUGGAAGAGAGCUGAGUGGGCACUUGGAGAGCUUUCUGUAGUUGGAUUAGAUUGAUAGCCGAUAGAUUUUGCACACGAAUUCGCGUGAUGCACGCGAUCACCAAAACACUCC